CGCGCCCCGCCGCCGCCGCCGCCGCCGCCGAGUCCCCACGCAGGAGCCGCGGCCGCCGCCGCCGCCGCCUCGGCCCGUCCCCGCCGCCCGGGCGCGGCCAGGCCUUGUGGUCCUGCCCCUGGGUGUUCCCAAAGCUGAGCUAUGGCCACUCCGGAUGUGAGCGUCCACAUGGAGGAGGUCGUGGUGGUGACGACGCCCGACACCGCCGUGGACGGCAGCAGCGUGGAGGAGGUGAAGACUGUGCUGGUGACCACCAACCUGACAUCCCACGGGGCUGAGCUCACCGAGGAACACAUGGAGACUGAGAAUGCCGCGGCCGCGGCCGCCGCCUUUACCGCGUCCUCGCAGCUCAAGGAGGCCGUGCUAGUGAAGAUGGCUGAGGAUGAGGACAACCUGGAGGCCGAGAUCGUGUACCCCAUCACCUGUGGGGACAGCAGAGCCAACCUCAUCUGGAGGAAGUUCGUGUGCCCCGGCAUCAACGUGAAGUGUGUCCAGUACGACGAGCACGUGAUCAGCCCCAAGGAGUUUGUGCACCUGGCAGGCAAGUCCACGCUGAAGGACUGGAAGAGAGCCAUCCGGAUGAACGGCAUCAUGCUGAGGAAGAUCAUGGACUCGGGGGAGCUGGACUUCUACCAGCACGACAAGGUGUGCUCCAACACCUGCCGCAGCACCAAGAUCGACCUCUCGGGCGCCCGCGUGUCCCUGAGCAGCCCGACGUCCGCCGAGUACCUCCCGCUCACCCCUGCCACGGCCGACAUGAACGGCUCCCCGGCCACCAUCACCAUAGAGACCUGCGAGGACCCCAGCGACUGGACCACGGCUAUAGGAGAUGACACGUUCGCCUUCUGGCGAGGGCUGAAGGACGCGGGAUUGCUGGAUGAGGUCAUCCAGGAGUUCCACCAGGAGCUGGUGGAGACCAUGCGAGGCCUCCAGCAGCGGGCCCAGGACCCCCCACUACAGCUCAGAGACGCCGUCCUCCUCAACAACAUCGUGCAGAACUUCGGCAUGCUGGACCUGGUGAAGAAGGUCCUGGCCAGCCACAAGUGCCAGAUGGAUCGUUCCCGGGAGCAGUACGCCCGCGACCUGGCAGCGCUGGAGCAGCAGUGUGACGAGCACCGGCGCCGCGCCAAGGAGCUCAAGCACAAGUCCCAGCACCUGAGCAACGUGCUCAUGACGCUGACGCCCGUGUCCCUGCCGCCCCCCAUGAAGCGGCCGCGCCUGGCCAGGGCCGCCUCGGGGCCGGCCGCCGUGGCCUCGCAGGUGCUGGCGCACUCGGGCCUGGCCCCGGCCGUGCCCGUGCCCCAGCUGGCCGGCGUCCCGCUCGGCAAGGUGCUGUCCACGCUGCCGGCGCCCGUGCUGGGCAAGGGCCCCGCGCCCGCCGCGCCCGCCGCGCCCGCCUCGCCGCUGCUGGGCGGCUACACGGUGCUGGCCUCGCCGGGCGCCGCCUUCCCGGGCGCCGUGGAGCUGCACCCCGACGCCUCGAGCCUGACGGUGCUGAGCACGGCCGCCGUGCAGGACGGCGGCACGGUGGUCAAGGUGGUCAGCCCGCUGCAGCUGCUGACGCUGCCCGGCCUGGGCCCCGCGCUGCAGAACGUGACGCAGCUGUCCCCGGGCGCCGGCGCGCUGCUGCUGCCCGCCGUGGACGGCGCGGGGGCCGCGGGGCCCGAGGAGCACGCGGCCGCGCUCGAGGUGGCCGCCGUGGCCGAGGGCCCCGAGCCCAAGUAGCCGGCGGCGGCGGCCGCGCUGAACCAAAGAGGACGCCGGCGGCCGGACGGAGGGGACGGAGGGGACGGCCGGAGCGGGCUGCCCGCCGGCGCCGGGCGUCCCCCGUCUCGGGAAACGCAGUUUCCACCUGUUGCUUAUUAACACUGUUUACACACGGCCCCGAGUGGCCUGAGCCGCGGGGGUCGUCGGUGACACCUGCCUUGGGGCCCGUCCCCGAGUGCGGAAUCGCGUGGAUCCUAUGGAUUUGGUUUCUUCCCACAGUUUUCUGUAGGGUUAGUGCAGUGCACGCAGGUCCUUUCUGGCACGGACGCCGCCGGCCGCUGCGGGCGCGGAGGUGGCGGGUCCCAGGACUUGAGCCGGGCAGAGCCGGGCCUGCUGGCUCGGCGAGGGUUUGGUCCGAGCUCUCCCGCGUCCGGCCGGCAGGCUCCGGGGCUGCCCCAGCAGGCAUGAAGCUCCGUCCCAUCCCACUGCGGCUCCGAGGCUGAAGGCGCUUCUCUGUGCCGUCCACGGGCAGCCCCAGAGCCCACCGUCCCCGCCCGCCAGGCCUGGAGCACACCCGCCCCCGGCUGCCCUUCCCUCAAGUGCCCAGGCCCGGCGGGCGGCUGCGAGGGUCCCGCUUCUUCCUGUUAUGUUGUUGUUGGCUGGUUCCGUGUGAUCUCCUGUUGGUGUCUGUCCUCGUUUUAACUCAUUUUUACUGAGUCCGGGGCCUGUUACCGCGACUAGGGUGACCACAGUGUGUCCAGCUGCCUCAGCAGGGACUGCUCCGGGUAGCGGCGGCCGCCCAGGACGAGCCUCAUGGGGACUGGGGUCUCUGCGCUGGCGGGCCGAGCCGCAGGGAGGCCCGGCCGGAGAAGGGACAGAGGGACCGAAGCUCUGGGUGCGGGUCCCAGCGGGUGCCUCUGAGUCCACUUUGUACGUUGUUUUGCAAGUAUCUGCUUGGUACUUUGAUUUAAAAUAAAAGCAUUUUCAUAGUU